AUGGUCAAGUUGCUACUCAAGAAGGGUGCUGACAUUCAUGCCAAGGAUCACUAUGGAGACACAUCAUUACACAAGGCAUCUUUUGCGGAUCAUUUUAAGACAAUCGAGUUGCUACUUGAGAAGGGUGCUGACGUUAAUGCUAAGAAUCACAAUGGAGACACACCAUUUUACAUGGCAUGCGAAGAAGGUCAUUUUGAUGUUGUGAAGUUGCUACUCAAAAAUGGUGCUGACAUUGAUGCCAGAAAUCUUUUUGGACUUGCACCAUUGCACAAGGCCAGCUGUGACGGUCGUCUAGAGAUGGUCAAAUUGCUACUUCAGAAGGGUGCUGACAUUGAUGCCAAUAAUCAACAUGGAAACACACCAUUGCAUGAGGCAUGGUCAUAUGGUCAUUUAGAUGUAGUCAAUUUGCUACUUGAGAAGGGUGCUGACGUUAAUGCCACGGACAAUCAUGGAAAGACAUUAUUGUACAAGGUAGGAGAGCAUGGUCAAUUGGAGAUGGUCAAGUUGUUACUCGAUCAGGGUGCUGAUGUGAAUGCCACAGAUGCAGAAGGAAAGACGUCAUUGCAUAUAGCAUGCAGUGAGGAUCAUUUAGACCUGGCCAAAUCGCUUGUCAAGAUAGGCGCUGAUGUCAAUGCCAAGAAAAUAGGUGGAGAGACACCAAUGCAUUGGGCAUGUGGGAAGGGUCAUUUAAAGGUAGUCAAGUUCCUAGUUGAAAAGGGUGCUUGUGCUCAUGCCAAAGCCACAAUUGGAAUGACACCAUUUGAAAUGUUGUGUUGCAAGGAUGAAUUUGACCUGGUCAUGUUGAUAGUCCAAAGGUCAUGUUGUGAUGGUAAUUUGGAGCUGAUCAAGAAGCUACUUGUCUAG